AUGCGCAGAGCGAGGCAGGGAGGCGGCGGGUGCGGGCGCUCCGCGGCUGCGCCGCGUGCUGGCGGCGGCUCGGUCCCGGCCCGCGCCCGCGGGGUCCCCGCUGCGGCCGGAGCGGCCUGGCUGCGGGAUCCGUGCGCAGCGAUGGUGGGGCAACCCCUGUGGCGCCCGGCCUGGGUACCACUGCUCCUGCGGCUGCUGCUGGCGGGGAUCGCUGCCUGCGACGCCAGCCCCGCGGACGACAGUGCGGGCCCGGGGGGCCGAGGACCCCGGGGACGCGCGCGAGGGGACGCGGGCGCGGAAGAGGCAGUGCCGCGCCACGACUCCUCCUAUGGCACCUUCGCCAGCGAGUUCUACGACCUGCGCUACCUGUCAGAGGAGGGUUACCCUUUCCCUACUGCUCCUCCUGUGGACCCAUUCGCCAAAAUCAAGGUGGAAGACUGUGGAAGAACUAAGGGAUGCUUCAGAUAUGGAAAGCCAGGCUGUAAUGCAGAAACCUGUGACUACUUCCUUAGCUACCGGAUGAUAGGCGCUGACGUGGAGUUUGAGCUGAGUGCAGACACGGAUGGUUGGGUCGCGGUUGGAUUCUCUUCGGACAAAAAGAUGGGUGGUGAUGAUGUCAUGGCCUGCGUCCAUGAUGACAAUGGCAGAGUCCGCAUACAGCACUUCUAUAAUGUGGGCCAGUGGGCAAAGGAGGUUCAGAGAAAUCCUGCCCGAGAUGAAGAAGGAGUUUUCGAGAACAACCGUGUCACCUGCAGGUUUAAGCGUCCCGUGAAUGUUCCCAGGGAUGAAACGAUUGUGGAUCUGCACUUGAGUUGGUACUACCUGUUUGCUUGGGGUCCGGCCAUUCAGGGCGCCAUCACUCGUCAUGACAUAGACUCUCCGCCGGCUUCAGAGCGCGUUGUCAGUAUUUACAAGUACGAAGAUAUUUUCAUGCCGUCGGCUGCCUACCAGACCUUCUCCUCACCAUUUUGUCUGCUUCUUAUUGUCGCCCUGACCUUCUACCUGCUGAUGGGAACCCCUUAACCACCGCCGCCAGCCACAGACUAGAUGGAGUGAAAAACCUUCAGUAUAUAUUUUUCAGUAACUGCUUGUAUAAUUUUUUUGCUUCUAUGAUCUAAAAACAAAUCAUGAUUUCAACAUUUUCAGGAGAAGAAAAAAAAAAGAGCAAGCUUCUCUCCUAGUCAGACAGGAUUGUCAAGGCAACGCUACUUUUGGGAAGCACUUAAAACAUUUGCAAACACUUCCAAAUACGUUCUCUGUUUGAGCUUUACAAUGUCUAUGCAUUGGCUUGGUAAAACUGUGAGGGCCAUUAGACUGAUUUAAACCCAGACAAAGGGUGCCUUUCGCUGACCCACGUGUCUCACAGCCUUGGCUAACAUGAUCAGAUAACAUACAGUAAAGUUGGGAAGGCUAGACAUGGAAAGUAGAGCGCAGACCAGUCUCUGCUUUGAGCAGUCUCUACUUUCCUUUCAGUCUUGCCCAAGAGGGUCCCUUUGCAUGUGGCCGUGGAGACCUUUACAGGAUGUCUCGGUGUAUCAUCAACCUCGUGAGAACAUUUCUGUGGUGCAUAAAUGCUUUUAGAUAGUCACACGGUUGAUGGGGAGUGUGGGAGAGAUUCUAGUGAUAAGCAAGUGGUUUGUAUUUCUCUAAAAUAUCUUCUCAAUUAGUGUGGAGUUAUGGGAAAAUGAAUUUAUAUCGCUGUUAGGAAAGAUUAAAAAUGUGGAUGUCCCCGAAGCUGUAAAAUUAUUUUAAUGAUGAAAAUAGGAGAAUUCUUAGUAGUUAGAAUUUGUUCUCUUCUGCCACUGUAUUAUACCAAGUAAGGUGUUCAUGGGUGGCUGUAGCCAAUGGUGUUUUUCAAGUUAGCAUACACUAAGUAUAAUUAAAUAUCCAUUAUAACAGAUAAGUCAUCUUAAAGAAAACGAGGCAUUUUAAUCAUCUAUCAAUGUUUUUAAAGGCUGUAGACACCAGGAGCAAAAAACGGGGCAGGAGGCCUAAGGUAAAUUUACCAAGAGUAUAUGUUUAAAAUGUUCAAUUCUAUGUUUCCUUUUGUCAAAAGAGCCAGAUACUCUUUUAGUCCAAAUACCUAUGCUAGCAGCCUGCCAAGAGGAGAGAGUGUAGCAGUGGGUGCUUACACUGCUAGGCCAGUCCCAUCGUGGCAUUCCAGAAUUCUCUGAUUUAUUCCCAUUGCUUCCGAGCUGGCUCCAGCUUUAUAGGCGAGCAAUAGCAGAUUAUAGUUUCUAAGGUCGUCUCCAAGAUUCAGGUCAGCGAUGAAAGUCUGCCUGUGGGCAAGUGUUCAGAUUCUUCUGGGCUGGCGCCAAAACAAAGUAAGUAUUGCUACUUUGUAACACCUCCCACACCCAGGUUUCAAGGUUCAAGUUGAAAGCCUCGCCUCCCUCCAUUUAUCUCUUCACUAAGCCCUCUGAUCUUAUUCAAGCUUGGCUCCAGCAUGGCCCGUGCACCAGCCUCACAGCCGGGCCUGGUGGCGCAGGCCUUUAAUCCCAGCACUCGGGAGACAGAGGCCA